GGAGCUAUAACAUCCACACAAACUGAGGAUGGCAUUUUAACAUCCACCUCAUUACCGUUGUCAACGGCAACCGCAUCACUGGUCCCUCUCCAGACAUCUGCUCCUGAAUCAUAUAUGCUUUCUCCAAUGACAUCAACAGAACUGUCAAACACUAGUACUGAAGUUUCACAAACUUUGCAUAGUUUUUCAACAUCGGAGAGGAUGUCAGCAAUUGUUCAAACACCUAUUCUUUCAUCAUCAGUGCAAUCUAUGAGCAGCGUGCAAGCAAAUGAAAGUAUGCCUUCAUUAUCUUUAUUCACUAAUUUAAGUACACUUCAGGAAGACCUGUCAUCAACCUAUGCAAUCAUGCCCAGUGAUGUAAUCUCCCAAACCAUGAUGCAAACUAUCAUCACCUCUUUUGUAAAUUCCUCCCAAAGCGAAAUCAUGCCAUCUCCCUCGAUUUACAUACCAAUGCAAUCAUCUGUUUUUAAUUCAACAAUGCAGUCAUCAUUAAUGGAUUCCUUGUUGAGCUCAGUAGCUACUCGAACUGGAAUGUUGCCAAUGCAGGCAUCAACUGCAGUGGUUGGAAGUGACCAUGUUUCCAGUACCCUUGAUUCAAAUUCAAACAUGUCAUCAGUUUCUAUGUUGCCAAUGCCUUCUGCCGGUCAGAUGACUAUGGUAACUUCUGUUGCAAUGGAAUCUUCUACGCCUCUUGUGAACAAAAGUGAUUCUCUGUUCCCCACUUCAUCAUCUGGUUUUGAUUCAGUAUCAUCCAGUAUAGUUGCCAUGGCAACGGAAAUGCCAUUAUCAUCCUCCUCUGGGAUGAUUCUCCCAACUCCAAAUAGCACAAUAUCAUCAGACUUUCCUGGGUUUAAUUCAACACUACCCACCCCAAGUCUUCCAUUCAUGCCGUUGUCCAGUUCCUCCUUACCUCCCAACUCUACACUCCACUCAGGAGCACCCGCAACCCCUAUAUUCUCUUCUCUCUCACCGGUGACCUCUAUUUUGUCCACUCCAUCAAUGUCUCUGGUUUCCUCAAGUAUCUUGGAGACCCGUUCAAACUCCUCUUCACCUACAACUACAGUUUCUGUGGAAAUCCUAUCCACGCCCUUGGUUUCCUUGAGCACCCCUUCUGCUUCAGUGUCAGUGAGUUCAGUGUUUGUACCUACUUCACCAACCUCCCAAACAAAUUUGUCCACCACCGAUACAACUCCUGUGGUUGUUUCUACCACAAACCAAUCUCUUUCAGCAGAGCCAACAACAGUUGUGAUGAACACUUCAUCAGUGACUCCUCCAACAAGUUCACCCAAUGCUGAUAAUGUGACUGUCAGCCCUCAAACAACGGGUGCGGUGGUGUCUCCGGAGACUUCCUCAAUGACUCCUGGGGUGUCCACUUUCUUGAACUACACUAUGACCACCACUCCUGCAACCAAUGUGACAACUUCAUCACCUGGUACAACCUCAACACCAACAACACCAGUGACCACUCCCAUGGACACUACUGAGGCCACAACCCCAGAAGCAACAGUUCCACCAACUACCUCUACCACAAUCCCUCCCACAACUCAUGUAGAAACAACAACACCAACAGUGGUCACCACAAACCAAGAGGUCACCAAUUCUUCAACUGAACCCAGAACCACGCAGACAAGGACACCAACUCCGUUUGAUACAUCCUUUGCUACCAAGCCCUAUUGGCUAACAAUGGGUCUUGCUAUUGAUGAAAACAUAAACGUCAACGCUCCUUCGUACGUUGAAGAGAUGGAGGGCAACCUUGCGGAUAUGUACGUGGAGGCUAAUCGCCGUAGCAACCAGAGAAUGGUGGAGGUGGAGCAGCUCCUGGAUCAGCUGGAUCCCGAGAGGAAUCCUGCAGUGGACCCAGGUGGAGCCAGGAGAAGGAGAGCAGUGACUGUGGACACAAUAACGGCACAGAUAAUAGACAUGACCCGACUCACCAAUCCCACCAAUGUUGAUUUGACUUUCUACAUAGUGGAGGAAGGUACCAAACUUCUCUCGGGGGAGGCCAAGGCGGUGCUGGAUGAGCUCACCCUCCAAGAGAUGACCCUGUAUAUGGCUGUACCAGUCAACAGUCCACCUAUUGAGGUCGUACCGUCAACCACAGUCAUGCCAUCGGCCGAGCCUCCAGCCCGCCUGUGGAUCAUCGCGGCCGUUCUCGUUCCAUUGGCUCUACUGUUCUUCUGUUGCCUUUGCUGCUGUUGCUGCUGCUGCGGGCGCAAACCCAGGAAGGAAGACGGUCCUAUGGAUCCUGAUACAUUCAAGAUGCUCCAGUUCAAAGCAAAAUACCCAUACAGACAGUACCCUGGCAGCCCUCAGGACCAGCAUCUCCAACCAGUCCCGCGAGGGUUUGAUGUUGUCAAACAAGAUUACGCCAACAAUGCGUUUGGUAUGGAGGCAGGCGCGGUGGAGGGGAAGCAGCAAAUUGAAGAAGAAGCUGAGAUGAUGAAACAGAGAGAGCUACCGAGAAGAACGGUUGAGGGACAUGUAUCACCUGUCCUUCACUCCAGAAACCAGUACCCCAUCGGACAGUCACCGACCCCCAGUGGGACUUCUAGCUCUUCCCUAGUACCACCUCUACCUGUAAAGCAGACCAAAGGUCACCAGAGGGUAAGAGAUGGAAGUACUAGUGGAAGUGAUACGGGGGAGGAGCUCUACAAACAGAGGCGAGAAUACAUGGCCGCUCAGGAGGAGAUCAGUAGAGUACUAGAACCGGAGUUAUACUCGUCACAGGGGAGAAAAAGUCAAAAGGGAAAAGCUGGUGGAAAGAAAGGAGGAGUUCAGAAGACAAAGGAUAGAAAAGCAGAGGGAGAGAAAUCGGUGAAGAACAAACUGAAGAAGAUGGAAUCCCUCCCAGAUAACCACUAUGCGAGAGCUGGUGUGGGCGCACAGGAUGAAGUCGAUAUUCAACCAGAACCACUUCAGGAGACCAAACAGAAGAUGCACGCUCUAAUAGACGAAGCCUUCUCAUUGGUCGGCAAGGGAAGUCCAUCUAAAAACGCUGUUGUUCCGUUGAGCGGAGGCCUCUCCAAUAGUCAGAAUCAUAGCAGUAGGGAAGAAGGAAAGAAAACUCCAAGAGAUGGCCAGCAAGAGGUACCCAGGCAGUUGUUUGCUCCAGUCAUACCACCCAUACCAAGGAGAAAACCUAAAGACACAUUAAUUGAUGGGGGUACACAGACAUCAGAGAUGGGCCAGACAACCCGUGUGGUUGUUGUGCCUGUCAGCAAACCACCACAAGAGGGCAGCAGUGUGAUUUGGAACCCCUACACAGCAGGAGACGAGACAGCCAGGUUAUCCCCAUCUCUAGAACCAGCAUCUCUUCCUGGUGGUCUGAACGCAUCUCCAAUCCCUAGCCCCAGGGGUGUAUCAUCCACUCACCAGCAGAGUCUCGUGUCCUCCAGGGAGCGAAGACCCGACGGAGACAGCCUCCGAGGAACAAAACAGGGCGUGGUCGAACGCUACGCAGACAUGCUCCAAGAGAUGCUGACAAGCCAGCUCCCGCUUCCCCCGGAAGAAGGGGACGACAUCCCAUCCAAGAGCUCCCACAAGCGCGGCGUUGCGCUCCUCGAAGGAGAACCGGACUACGACUGGUCCUUUGACCGCAGCAUCAACGGCUCGCAGAGGUCGGGGUCAAAAACGCGGUCACCGCUCCCGAACAGGACAAAACCAAACGAAGCCGAGAAGGGCUCGGCAUCCACGUCCGUCGAUGAUCAGUUGCCGUCACUUAGCAAGAAGGAGAAGGGGGUUGGUAAGGCGGUGGAUAAGUUUUACGAUGAAUUGGACGUGUCUACGAAUCUGAAAUACCCGACGGGACAGUAUUCGCCUCAGGUUGCAAAUGCGGUUAGGGAAGAACUGAUAAGAUUGACAAGAAGGAUGGGGGAUGGGGAGGAGAGUGGAUUGGUUUGAAUUCCAUUCCCUUUCAGAGUUUUAUUGUUUGUAUGGUUUAUUUCCAAUUCGUCAAAUGCCAGUUUGUCUAAUUGCCAACUCGUCUUCUAUCAUUUGCCUACCAAUAGUUUGUCCACUCACCACAUGGUCUACUUUCUCUUGGUCUAAUGCCAUUCUGUUGUAAUAACCAGUUGCUAGACAAAGUGAUGAUUGGACCAAAUGGUUAAUGUUGUAAUAACCAGUUGCUAGACAAAGUGAUGAUUGGACUAAAUGGUUAAUGUACCAAAAAGAAAUGUUGAUUGAUUGGCAUUAGACUAAAUGAAAGUAGACCAUGUGCUGAGUGGACGAGUUGGCAGUUGACGAAUUGGCAAUUUACCUAUAUAUUAUGAUAUUGUACGACAAUAUCUUACAAAGGAGUGUGAUUGCUAUGAUCAAUCCCAGGGCCUGGUUGCCUUAAAAUUACUGCUGUACUAAAUGUACCAUCCAAUGGUGAUUACCAGGGUAACACUUAUCAACAGCCAAUCAAAAUCAAGGAUUCCAUGCAAGUUACCAUUGCAUGGCAAAGAUACAUGUAUCAUGAUGGUAACUUUUGUGCAAUGGGGCCCAGGUAUGGAUAACUAGCGACACAGCAUCUUGAUUGCAUAUCUUGGGCUGUUACAAAAAUGAUAACAUUUUGAGAGCAAGCUCUUAUUUAUAUGUAGAUCCUGUGUGGUCUGUUCAGAAAUACUUUUUUUUGAGAAAUUUGAUUGUAAAUGUUAGGGCAUUAUUUGAGUUACAUUGAAAAAAUGCAAGUCAGACCAAAAGAAUUUAAAUGAUUACUAAAUGUUCCUUAGGCAUUGGCUGAUAGGCAGGGUUUGCUGCAUGUGGACUGUGAAUGAAAAUAAACAACCAUCACUGAAUCUCCUGGAAAUUCCCCAAAAUUGUCUGGAAUAUGGUCUAGAUUUCCAGAAAUUCAGAAAUACUGAUGUGGGGGAAUUUGAUCUUUGAAUGGCAAGUUGCUGUGACAUAGCCUUAUAUAUAUUACAUGUACUUUGAUGAGUUUGGCCACUGUUUGAGUUACAUAUAACACCAAAGAACAAUGAUACUCUAAUAAAAAAUUGAAUGUUGUGCAAGCUUUGUAGGAAUAAUUUGAUACAAACAUUCUUUGAAUGAAAGUAAAAAUCAUCAAGAAAUUGAUUUUUUGGCAACAAUAUUCACUAAACAUUGCACCAUCAAUGGACUGUAUGUAGCCACACACUUUUGUGACAUUACAAGCCAAUCCGAGACUUGUAUUUUGAGGGGCACUUUGCAGACAACACCCAAUUGAAUAUUGCGUUUCCAACAUUUGCUAAUUCCUGUGAAAAUGGGAAGCUGCCGGAACAUUGAGUUUAAUAGGGUGGUUUUUUCAGGACAGCAAGGCCUCCAUGUUGAAGAAGUUGCAAUGUUUGUUUGAAAGCAAGAUGACUUCAAAUGAACCAUUUACUAUUAUGUAUAUCAUUACAUUAUGUAUAUCAUUACACUAUGUUUCUCUGUACAGAGAGUGAGACAUUGAACAUUCCAUUGCAAUAAGAUAAAAAUUUAGGUGCAAUGCUUUGAAAUAUUGUUAAUGCAAGUACACCAUUAACCUUGUCACUAUUCCUUCGCUAUUUUCUGAUAUUUCAUAAUCCAACAAAUUGAAGAAAUUAUAUAUUUAUGGAACAUGGCCAUACACAGCUGGGGAGGUAAUCGCCCUUCCAGAAAUUGUGAAAGGUUACAUUUUUUACUGAGAAUUUUUACUAUAUUUAACCAUCGUAGGCACAGAAUCUUUCAAUUUUACUUUACAAAAUGCAAAAGCGCCCCAAAGACAGGCUUGGUUGCUUUGCUCCCUUUCGAAUUCUUUUGAAAAGUUUAUGCUUCAUGUUCUCCCCCAGCGAAAAAAGUUAUGCGUACGACCAUAUUAUUUAAUGUACAUUGAUACGCUUGUACUGAAAAGCAAAUGCGAGUGAUAUAUGUAUCUUUGUAAAAAAGAAUGCUGAGAAACUUAUUUUAGUAUUCCGGAAUCCAUCCAAUUUUCUUUCUUGCCUCUUACACCAAAUUUAUUGAAAUUGUAUAUUGUAUUGCACCAAAGCAGAAAUCAAUUAUUAAAAUAUAUGAAAUAUUUAUAUUUCUAUGAAAUAUUGUGCUUUUAGGAAAAAAAGAUGUGGAUGAUUUUACCAUGGGAUAUGGACAUCCUAAUGAUAAGGUGGCUUUAAUAAAUCUGAAAAUAUCAUAGAGAAAUGUUGAUGAAUAUCUGUAGAAGGAAAGAGUUAUGAAGACAGAAAGUUUUGACUCUGUGAUGUCACAGAUGAGCAGCUCCUACAAAUGUCAUGUAAUACAAAACAAAAUAAUUAUCAUCCCCCCACAAAAAAAAAAAAUAUUGUGGGGUGGACAUCAUUUCACACCUUUCAUGAAAAAAAAGUUUAUGAUGUGCCAUUAAAGCAUGGAAUUUAUGUAACAUAUUAUAUUAUUAUUACACAAUGAAUUUGGUAGCUGCUCAUAUAAUUUAUGACAUCACAAAUUAAAAUAAAAAAAAUUAUGACUCUAUUCUAUUAUUAUUUGAGAUGGAUUUUCAUCAUUCUUUCACAAAUAAUUUUUCUCAAAUAACUCUGGGAUUUAUCAAAACCCACUUAUAGUCAGGGUGAACUUCCCUUUUCAGUGCUAGUAAAUUCAUUACCGUUUGAGUCAAAUAAAAUGUAACACCUCACAAAUCCCCAAUUUAAGAAGAAAAAAAGUAAUGAUUGCAUGAUCGUUGUAUAUGGUUGAAAAGAGUAUCUUCUCCCAAAUAAUUUGAUACCAUAUUUAUGUUGUAUGUGUUCAUGCUUGGAUAAUCAGUAGGUAUUCUUUACAGUGAUUUAAAUUUUGAUGUGCGCCAAAGUAAGGCAUGAUUGCAAUAAAUGAAUCCAAAUGCUAGAGAUGUCGUAGUCCUACAUGAGUUGGUAAACAAAUUUGCUAAUCCCUUUUUUAUGAAAUUAAUUUGAGAAUUUAUACCAAAAGUAUUGAUUAAACAGCUAUAAUGUAAAUCACUGAAAAGGUGUUUUGAAAUAGAUAUUAUUGCAACCCUUGUAGGAUUAUGACACUGACAUCUGGAUUAAUUCAUU